CUCUGCCCGCACGUCACAGUCUCUGGAAACGGACUUUUAGUUUUAUCUUUAAACGACACGAAAACACGCCACUGGACUUCGUUACACUUUAUUUGUCUUGUUUUAACAAUAACAUAGUUUAACUUCACUUGAGGAAAGGGAGCUAAUGCUAACUCGGCUAGCUAGCAGUUCCAACAAAGCAGUCUUUUGUGAUGUUAGCUUAGCCGCUGAGACGUGUUUACCACAGCCGAGUGACCCAGCCUGCACCAUGGGUUAGCUAGCACGACUGCGUGGAUGCUGUCCGGAUACAACGCCUCUGGUCGGCUGUCAGAUUGAAGCUAACUAGCCCCCUGGAGGCUCCGCGACCAAGCCAUGCUAUGAUGAUGGUGCUGCGGCGGCUACUGAGGAAGCGCUGGGUGCUGGGGGUCGUCUUCGGACUGUCUCUCAUCUACUUCCUCACCAGCACACUCAAACAGGAGGAACGAACCAUACGGGACCGCACUCUCCUAGAGGUCCGAGACUCAGACCAUCGUAUCCCCUGGAAGGUUCGAUUCAACCUUGGUAACAGCAGCCGACAGAUUACUCAGUGCAGGAACUCCAUCCAGGGCAAGACGCUGCUCACAGACGAACUUGGUUACGUCUGCGAGAGAAAAGACUUGCUGGUUAACGGCUGCUGCAACGGCAAUGCGCCCAGCUCCAGGCAGUACAUCUGUAAAAGCUGCCUGGCCAAUGGCUGCUGUAGCAUCUACGAGUAUUGCGUGUCGUGUUGUCUGCAGCCUGAUAAGCAACCUCUGCUCGAGCACUUCCUGAAUCGAGCAGCCGACGGUUUCCAGAAUCUCUUCACCGCUGUGGAGGAUCAUUUUGAGCUCUGCCUGGCCAAGUGUAGAACGUCUUCUCAAAGUGUUCAACACGAGAACACCUACAGAAAUCCUCAAGCAAAGUACUGCUACGGAGAGAGUCCUCCAGAGCUUCUCCCCGUAUGAGCAUCUCCUCCAGAGUGACGGACUUACAGGAGCAGCACUGGGCCCAUGAAGCCUCCUGGUGGGACUCCUCAGGCUGUUUGGAGCAGAGACUCUCUACACAUGAACUGCUGCUGUCUUGGAUAAUUUUGCAUCAUAGUGGCAAAGGAAGGAAAGAAAUCCGAGACCAGCUUCGACAAAUAAUGGACAAAUUCUAUAUGUGAUUUGAUUAUUUACACUUCAUAAGUGCAUAGAAUGCUUCAUACGUUCAUCCGUGAUGAUCAUCAGGUUGUAAUAGCAGGCAGCUCAUCCAUCAGGACUAGCUUCAAACCAGUUCAUUUCAUCCAGUAGCCCUCAUUUUUUAAACUGGGAACAUUUAACAGCUGUUUAAAUGUUUCGUUGAAUAUUUUCAAGCAGCAGAGAAUGUGUCGUUAGGUCUGUGUAUAGUGCAUGCAUAUGGAACAGCUAUUUAAUAAAAGUGACUGUGAAAUAAAAUCA